AUGCAUUUCCCAUCUCUCGUGGUCCCGGCCCUCGCGGCUUUGGCAGCAGCACAGAGCACCACCGUCAUCAAUGUUUUCGAAGCCAAGAUCGAAAACCCUUAUUACAGCGCCCGAUACCCAACAAGCACUAGCGUUGCUGGCAGUGUAGUUGGUAUCAAUGCGGAAGAAACUACCUACAAGAUCGCUUGUAUGAAAGGAGCGCCCAAGUCGGACUGCGGCAUCGACGAGCCCUACACCAUCAUCGCUGGCCCAACCACAUUCAGCACGUCCCUGACUUCCGUCUUUUCUGGCUACGGUGUUACUGCGACUGUCAGCGAGAAUAUCGCAUGCUCGUUCACCCACACUACCGAAUCUGCCAAGUGCAUUGUAACCAUCGGGGUCACCUCCGGCGACGUGACUACGGCAAGGUCUAGCACCAAGACCAUCCCGGCCAGUGACGUAACCUAUAUGCCGCUCACUGUCACUGGAGGUCUUUCUCUUUUCAACUCCCCUCAGGCAACCGAGGCCCCUGAUGCCGCUGCUGGCCCUCACAGAGCCCUUAUCACUGCUGCUCCGCUGGGUGCUGCCGCUGCCCUCGCUGUUGCCGCUCUUUUCUGA